CCGCGUCCAAAUCAUCCGCUCAGCAUUCAUCCCUCUUUCCACUCUUUCCAAGGAGAGACAGUGGUUCUAUUGCGGGACCUUCGGCCUGCACACCGAGCCCCGCUGUGGGCCUUAUAGCACGAUGCAUCGCGUGUUUGCCGUCGAACGUCCGCACCAACAGCCCACACUAUGCGAUCCCGCCCGAGAAUCAAUUGAUCACAGGAUGCCAUCCCGAGGACAAUUCACCCCCUCAUUGACCAGAAACGAGAGAUGAUAUAACUCGCCCAUCACGGCAUCCCUUGCGUCUGACAUUGGUGAUUUUGACUUGAACGGAAAAUGAGAACCCACCUCAAACGACCCCAUUGCCCGAAUCAAUCCGAUGCUCGCAAAUCCCAUGCAAAGCGCCCAGCUUCAUAAACCGAACGCAUAAAUCAUCCACAUAGCAUCAUUCCAUUAGAUAGACGAAACCGUCGAAACGGAAACCCUGAAUGCUUUUUGCUUUUUUGCUUUUUGCUUUUACUGUUUCCCCGGCGCGCAUGCUUCCCUGAUAUAUGUACUCAUACUAAUAUUCCAAGUUGACCAAACUCCCGAGCCGUUCAACGUUGCCGCCAUGACCACCCCUUCCCUAAUUUCGAAACCAACUCGUGACAAUCAAUGAAGAUGCCGUCCCUAAACUCUCCGACGAAGCUCGUCCCGAUUCCUAUAUGCCGCCCGACUGAGGGUCAUUGAGUGCCAGUUACCCUGUAACCCAGUGAUUCGUUGCCACCGGUGGAGGUCGCCGAUGUCCUAGACGGUCCACAGCAGUCCUACGACAUGGGCCAAAACUUGCUCAUAUGACUGUUUCGAGGAUGCAGGAAAUGCGAUUAUGGCCCCUUGCACGAUUUACCUCACCUGCCAUCAGCAAUUCUGAGUGAAAGUUUGACCAACGAGACAUGACUACCAUUUGCCCCAAUGACACGAGUUGAAUGCAGCUGGAUAAACCGCCAAUGUGACUUCCGAUGAAUGCCUGGACGAAUUUGACGGAAAAUACAUUCUGGUAAAUGUCGAAUUUAACAAUCCGAGAAACAGGAGCGACACUUUUCGUUACGGCCUCAAGCAUUACCGAUGCGUCACCUACCGGACUUUUGUCGAAUUAAUACGGAUAGGCCUUUGAAGGAAGAAUGACACAGUAGACGAAGUGAUGGAUCGAUUGACACUUCCCUUUCUCUUCUUUUCUUCUUUUUCCCUUACUCUAUCGAAUUUAUGACACCCACGAAUCGCGAGACUCGUUCCGGAUUCCCCAUCGAAUUUACGGAAAUUUGGGAAAGUUCCAAACUCGCAAUGAACAAGGUCGAAAUGCACUCCUCAUCGCGAUCAAUGCCAUCACCAUUGCCCUCGAAGCAUGAAUUGCCGCCUCCUCCUCAUGAAACCCCGCUUCCGCACACAUGCACAUCUACACAUGUGACCUUCUCCAACUACCCUGAUCCUCGAAACAGUUCGUGUUCCACGCAUCGAAACGAUUUUAAUAUUUACAUUUUCAAAGAUUUCUUCUUUUUUCUUUCUUUUUCUUUCUUUUUUUUUCUCUCCUUCUUUUUUUCCCCCUUCUUUUUCUCCUUCUUUUGGCUGUUUCAAUGAUUACCCCCUUUUCCUUUCUCCCCUGUAGGAAAUUGACCACAGUUGAGACAUGUUCUCUCUGUGUUGGGUAUUGACUAGGUACACCAGUCGCUUUAGUGAAACGAAGCAACCAUAGUACAUAUACAUCCGUGUAGCUGCUUGAAGCACCAAUCGCCACAAGAUUUCGACAUGAUGAACCUGGCCACGGAUUAAAAUCUCGAAAAGGUACUUCGAAGUUCUACUGUGCGAAUAGAGGGUUUGUCUAAGCUUGGUGACACUCAGUCACUCGUCGUGACGAACGAAAGAGAGAUGGAAUGGAAAGAGGAAGGCACGCAUCCAUUAUUGUUACGAGUAUAUGAUGCGAACAAGGAGAGUGAAUAUUCCGAGCAGUGUAGACUGGGUGGAUGGAAAGUCGACAAUGGUCAAAUGGAAACUGGGAGGAACGGCAGGCUGUACGAAUAAUGGUUGAAUGUUGGAUCAGGGCGGGGAUUAUGCAAAUGGACAUAUGAAAUGCAGGGAACAGCAGGGUGAAUUCAACACCAAUUGCGGGGUGAAACGACCAUUGAGCACAUUUCUCAAGCGCCAGACACCAUCUCUUCGUUAUAUGGAAAGGAAAAUGGCUCUGAAAAAGAAAACAUGUUGCAACGUCUGCAAUGUCUGCAAUGAAUUGUAUAAAAUUGCUUCAUUCGCGCUGCCUCUAGACAAUGAGUCGCACAGAUGUGCUUCCUUUGUGUCGCACCUAAACAAUUGAUCACACGAAUAUGCUUC